GUGCAGAGCUGCAGAAGCCUGGCAGAAGCCAGAACUUCUUUUGCAAGCCCUUUUCCAACCUAAGCAUUCUUGGGGAGUGAGUGAGCCAGCAGCCAGGACUUCAGCAUAUACCAGUGCAUUGUUGUACACUCAGAUCCCCCAGCAAAGCUUCCUGAAGAGCCAGAUGUCGGCUGGAGCUGAGGGCUCCUGGCCUGUGAUUGGCUGCCAUCCUCUGUGGUUAGCCCUCCAUGGUGGGGGAGGCUGGGAGGGACAGUGCACACUGAUAAAUAACACAGCAGUCUGCUCUGAGGGACAAGAGAGCCAGGAGGGAGAAGAGAUCACACUUUGCUUUCUCUCUGGUGUGCAGCAAUAUCAACCAAAUUGCAGACAUUGCAACAACACUGUGGCCAGGCAGCCUGCUGAGCAAGGUAAUUCAGCCAUCAUGGCUGUGUCUUUGCCACCAACCCUGGGACUCAGCUCUGCCCCAGAUGAAAUUCAGCAUCCACAUAUUAAAUUUUCAGAAUGGAAAUUUAAGCUAUUCAGGGUGCGAUCUUUUGAAAAGACCACUGAAGAAAAUCAAAAGGAGAAGAAUUCCUCUGAGGGGAAGCCCUCCCUUGAGCAAUCUCCAGCAGUCCUCGACAAAGCUAGUGGUCAGAAGCCAGAAGUGGCUCCACCAGCAUUCAAGGUCCACCCUAAGUUUUCAAAGAAAUUCCAUGAUGAUGGGAAAGCGAGAGACAAAGCAAUCCACCAAGCCAACCUUCGACAUCUUUGCCGCAUCUGUGGGAAUUCUUUAAAAACUGAUGAACACAACAGGAGAUACCCUGUCCAUGGGCCUGUGGACAGUAAAACCCAAGGCCUUUUACGAAAAAAAGAGAAGAAAGCCACUUCCUGGCCAGACCUCAUUGCCAAGGUUUUCCGGAUUGAUGUGAAGACAGAUGUUGACUCGAUCCACCCCACUGAGUUCUGCCAUAACUGCUGGCGUAUCAUGCACAGGAAGUUUAGCGGUGCUCCAUGUGAGGUUUACUUCCCAAGGAAUGCGACCAUGGAGUGGCACCCCCAUGCACCAUCCUGUGACAUCUGUUACACUGCCCGUCGGGGUCUCAAGAGGAGGAAUCAUCAGCCAAAUGUGCAGCUUAGCAAAAAACUCAAAACUGUGCUUGACCAAGCGAGACAAGCCCGUCAGCGCAAGAGGAGGGUUCAGGCAAGGAUCACCAGCAAGGAGGUCAUGAAGAAGAUUGCCAACUGCAGUAAGAUACAUCUUAGUACCAAGCUCCUUGCAGUGGACUUCCCGGCGCACUUUGUGAAAUCUAUCUCCUGCCAGAUUUGUGAGCACAUUCUGGCUGAUCCUGUGGAGACCAGCUGUAAGCAUGUGUUUUGUAGGAUCUGCAUUCUGAGGUGCCUCAAAGUCAUGGGCAGCUAUUGCCCUUCUUGUCAAUAUCCAUGCUUCCCUACUGACCUGGAGAGUCCAGUGAAAUCCUUUCUGUGUAUCUUGAACUCCUUGAUAGUGAAAUGUUCAGCACCAGAGUGCAAUGAGGAGGUCAGCUUGGAAAAAUACAAUCACCACGUUUCAAGUCACAAAGAAUCAAGAGAUACUUUUGUGCAUAUUAAUAAAGGGGGCCGGCCCCGUCAACAUCUCCUAUCGCUGACCCGGAGAGCUCAGAAGCACCGGCUGAGGGAGCUGAAGUUACAAGUCAAGGCUUUUGCUGACAAAGAAGAAGGUGGAGAUGUGAAGUCUGUGUGCCUGACCUUGUUCCUUCUGGCCCUGCGGGCAAGGAAUGAGCACAGACAAGCUGAUGAGCUGGAGGCCAUCAUGCAGGGUCGGGGAUCUGGCCUGCAGCCAGCUGUUUGCUUGGCCAUCCGUGUCAACACCUUCCUCAGCUGCAGUCAGUACCACAAGAUGUACAGGACUGUGAAAGCCAUCACAGGGAGGCAGAUUUUUCAGCCCUUGCAUGCCCUUCGGAAUGCUGAGAAAGUCCUUCUGCCAGGCUACCACCCCUUUGAGUGGCAGCCGCCUCUGAAGAAUGUGUCUUCCAGCACUGAUGUUGGCAUUAUCGAUGGACUGUCAGGACUCUCCUCCUCUGUGGACGACUACCCGGUGGACACUAUUGCAAAGAGGUUCCGCUAUGAUUCAGCAUUGGUGUCAGCUUUGAUGGACAUGGAAGAAGACAUCUUGGAAGGCAUGAGGUCCCAAGACCUUGAGGACUACUUGAAUGGCCCAUUCACCGUGGUGGUGAAAGAGUCUUGUGAUGGAAUGGGAGACGUGAGUGAGAAGCAUGGGAGUGGGCCAGCAGUUCCAGAGAAGGCAGUUCGUUUUUCAUUCACAGUCAUGAAAAUCACCAUAGCACACGGCUCACAGAAUGUGAAAGUGUUUGAGGAAGCCAAACCUAACUCUGAACUGUGCUGCAAGCCGUUGUGCCUUAUGUUGGCAGAUGAGUCUGACCAUGAGACCCUGACUGCCAUCCUGAGCCCUCUGAUUGCUGAGCGGGAGGCCAUGAAGAGCAGUGAAUUGAUGCUUGAGAUGGGAGGCAUUCUCAGGACUUUCAAGUUCAUCUUUAGGGGCACUGGAUAUGAUGAAAAACUUGUCCGGGAAGUGGAAGGCCUUGAGGCUUCUGGCUCAGUCUAUAUUUGUACUCUUUGUGAUGCCACCCGCUUGGAAGCCUCUCAAAAUCUUGUCUUCCACUCCAUAACCAGAAGCCAUGCUGAGAAUCUGGAACGCUAUGAGGUCUGGCGUUCCAACCCCUACCACGAGUCUGUGGAAGAACUGAGGGAUCGGGUGAAAGGGGUCUCAGCCAAGCCUUUCAUUGAGACAGUCCCUUCCAUCGAUGCACUCCACUGUGACAUUGGCAAUGCAGCUGAGUUCUACAAGAUUUUCCAGCUAGAGAUAGGGGAGGUGUAUAAGAAUCCCAGUGCUUCCAAGGAGGAAAGGAAAAGAUGGCAGGCCACACUGGACAAGCAUCUUAGGAAGAAGAUGAACCUGAAACCAAUCAUGAGGAUGAAUGGCAACUUUGCCAGGAAGCUCAUGACCAUCGAGACCGUGGAGGCAGUUUGUGAGUUAAUUCCUUCCAAGGAGAGGCACGAAGCUCUCCGGGAGCUGAUGGAACUAUACCUGAAGAUGAAACCCGUAUGGCGCUCAUCAUGUCCAGCUAAAGAGUGCCCAGAAUCCCUCUGCCAGUACAGUUUCAAUUCACAGCGUUUCGCUGAGCUUCUCUCUACCAAGUUCAAGUAUAGAUAUGAGGGCAAAAUCACCAAUUAUUUUCACAAAACCCUGGCGCAUGUGCCUGAAAUUAUUGAGCGGGAUGGCUCUAUUGGGGCCUGGGCAAGUGAGGGAAAUGAGUCAGGCAACAAACUGUUCCGGCGCUUCCGGAAAAUGAAUGCCAGGCAGUCCAAGUGCUAUGAAAUGGAAGACGUACUGAAACACCAUUGGCUGUACACCUCCAAAUACCUCCAGAAGUUUAUGAAUGCUCACAAUGCAGUUAAAAACUCUGGGUUUACCAUGAACUCACAAGUGAGCUUAGAAGACCCAUUGGGCAUAGAGGACUCUCUGGAGAGCCAAUAUUCAAUGGAAUUUUAAGGAGGGUUCAACCACUUAUGAGUUGGUUUUUACAAUUUUCUUUCGGGUUACAUUGAGACCUUCUCCUAGCACCCUUCACUACUGUGUGAGGGGCUUUGCCACCCAAGAGGUGGUAGGUUGGAGAGAGAGGUCAAGAUGCUGAAACCAUGCCAGGAAUGGUUAAUGAUGAGCUGGUUGCUUGGGCUGUUUAGUGAGUUCAGAAAAGCAAAAGGAGAUAUCAGUUAUUUGAAAGCUCACUAACUCAGAGCAGGAGUAGCUGCAGGGGACCAGAGAUGAACAAAGAUAUGUGUGCAUGCAUGACUGAGUGACAUGAAAAUCAAAGUCAAGGUUGUCAAACAGCCAGUGAAGCCAGGAAAGGAAUUUGUCUUGUGAUUUUCAUUUUCUUUGCUUGACUUAUACAUUCUGUAUUGUGAUAUUGUAUGUAUUUUUAUUCCAUUUUUGUAGGACUCUUUUUUUUAUAAAUUUGACAUAUGCUGGCUUAUUCUACAAGACUUAAAAGAGCUUUUUAUGAUUUUUCUAAUAAUAUCUUACAUUUGUAUGGCACGAAAACUUUUGCAAGGUGCUCUCAACAUAUUUUCUCAUUUGGUACAUUUGUGUAGAAAAAUAUCCUACACCAAGAAAAUUUUUGGAAAAAUCAGUCCUUUUCAAAGUUUAAAUGAUAUCUCUGUUGUGACCUUCAGGGUGUAAAAGGACUUUUCUCUCACGGAUUUUUUCAAUAAUGAAGUUAGAAGAAUAUACUGGUUAGCCACAGCUAGCUAAUAAAUCUUCUGAUAAUACUUGUCAUGUUUACUUAGUUAUUGAUAGUAAAAUAUGAUUUUUUUAUGUUUACUUUUUAAUUUCAAGUAAUUUAGAAUCUCCAGAUUCUUUCCCAUACAAUCUCAAGGCCACAGAGACUUUUUAAAAAUCUGAAAUUCUUUUUAUAAAAUCUGAAUUUGUUCACUGCUUAUAAACAAAUUUAAGAGACUUUCUCUAUGUGGAACCUGGGCUGAUUUUACUAAACUCAGGUUUCAUAGAGUCCUCUCCCUGCAGUGUGUUGUUCUUCCAAUUAGGUUGUUUAUUUUUUAGCAUAUUCAGAUUUUUGUAGACUUUAUUUUAUACUGUUUUCUUGCUAAGUUUUGAUAGAAACUGCCCAAGGUACAGAGGAAGAGAUGACAUUUGUACAGUGGUGGUGCUAAUUUUUUUGUUUUUUUUGCUUGUUUUGGAGUGUUUUACACUCAAUUUAGCCUUUUUUUGCCUCACUAUGACUCUGUGGUGUAAGCAUUGUUAUUAUCCCCAUUUGAGGAAGAGGUAAAAGAUUUUCCCAAAGUCACAGGGAUAAUAAAAACCUGAUUUGGAAUUUGAACCAUGGCUUUUGGUCUCUAAAUUCCAUGUUCUUUCUACCACAAAAGCUAAUCACUAUCUUUGUCUAUAUGGUUGCAUCAGAAUUAGUUUAGGAUCCGUAAUUAGUAACUCCAUUCGUAAUCUUGGGAUUACAUUUUUGGGGGGCAGGAGAGGGGUAAGUUUUGAAGUCGUGUGUAUGCUGUGGGCCAUUGAUAGAAGAAAGUAAAGUUAAAGCUGCAAGCAGCCCCCCUAAACUCCUGGUGGACCCAGUUAUUUGGAAACUAUUCUCUCUAUGUUUAGGAAUUUGGGAUAUGACAGUUGCUGGCACUUUAGAGCAGGCAUGGGAUUUUAUAUGCCAGUGAGUCAUAAUGAUAUGUUAGUGUUAAUUAGUUUUUUUCUUGCUUUGAUUUUAUUGGCCAUAAUUGCCACUCUUCAUACACAGUAUAUCAAAGAGCUUUGUAAUUUAGUUGUCAAAUGCGCAUCAGUGACAUUAUCCUAAGUGUUAUGCAUUUGGUGCUUUUGCAAGAAUUGAACUCAGUAGUUUCCUUUUAAAAAUACAGCAAUUUCCUUUGCUUUUUAUAUGCAGAAUAUCAAAGGCAUUUACGAUUUAGUCAUCUAUAUAUAUAUUUGAAUAUCACUUUUUCUUGAAAAAAAUCUUAAUUUUGCAUUUUGAAAAAUUAAUGGGCUUUUAAGCCACUCCUUCCCUUCAUCUCACUUAAUCUUUACAGCACGUCUGUGCUCUGCACUAAUAAACAGCUUAAUUCAUAUAAUCACCCCACUCCUUGAAGUAUGCUAGUACUGGUUUGUAGAUUCCUCCCUGCCUCCGCCUAGCUCCUUUCCACUUUGUUACUUGAUUGGUGGCACUGUACAUACUUUCCAGUAUUAAAUCCCCCUUUUCUAGCAUUGUGGGAACUAUUUUGAAUGCAGGGGCCUAAAAGCAUGAUUUAUGGCACAACCUUCCCAAUAAUCCCUUAAUCAGAUCACAUUCUGACAAAUCCCAGGAACAUCUGGCCUCAGGAAUUUCAAUAUGUAGAAAUGCUGCCUGUGGUUGCUUUCAGCCCUCAUUGUUGAGAUUGCAAUAGCCUAGACCCUGGUUCUAUGCUCAAGCUUUAUUUUUAACAAUGCCCAUUGCAAAUGCAGCCUAACACCCCAGGGAAAUUCACCGCACUGAACAGAGCAUUUUUUUUUGAAGUAUGGACUGGGACUUUAGGAGCGCAAUGCAUUUUUCUCUCGUGAAACCUGAUUCUACAAGUUUUCCUGCCAAACCACUGAGGUGCGCUGCAGGGACCAGUGAUAAUGGCUGAUGAAAAUUGAUGAAUGGUUGGUGCGAGGUCAGAAAGCUCCCUGGGAUUAAUAAACAUGCACUGAGAAGUCAGAGCAGGAGGAAAGAUGUCUUUUCCUUCCAGGUGAACUGGAAUUUAGUUUUGCUUCAAUUUGUUUUCAGAAAAUAUAGAUGGAGAUAAAGAUUUUUUUUUUUGCUUGCGAAUAUGAGUCUCGCAUUACAUCAAACAGAAUUCAAAUUCCACACAGCUAGGAGGCAGGAUUUGCAAGCCCCAGUGGUGGGUGGGAGAAUAAGCCAUCAUUUGGAUACAAGAGGUGUUUGACUGCAGAUAUGUUUGUGUCUUCAGUUAAGGUAUGACAAGAAGUCUGUUUGCUUAAUGCUAAGGAUUUUAAGUAACGGAGGAUACUUUAUACACAUUUUACUUUUAUCUCUUUAUAGCAAUCUACAUAAAUAUACCUCAGAAUUCAUUUUUGAUGAGAUGUUGCUGUUUGUGGCAUUGCACUUCACUUUAUUUUCUUACCGAAAAAUCUUUAUAUUUUGUUUCAAUGGCUUCCAAGAGCCUUUAUUUUUUUUUUCUGUUUCAGGGAAAGUUCAGGUACCAGGAUGCAAUGAAUUUAUCUGAUGCUCAGAGGACCUGUAUUUCCAUGUCAAACAUUUUCAAAUUGCAAUAAUUAUCAUAUUUUAAU